UUUCCCUCACUUCUCAAAUAUUCUCUCCAACUCAAGAAGAAGAAGAAGUGGGAGCUAGGCUUUGGAUUCAAGUCUUUCUUCAUCAAUUUCUUGCAAGAUCAUAGCAAAGGUUCCGGCAAGUGAUCCCUCCUAGCUAGUUUGAAGUGUUGGAUUGCUUUCCUCCAAGACUUGGAUAUGAAUACAAGAGGGAGACCCGCAAGGAGAGUAGGAGAAGAGGAUGUGAAUGAGGAAGUUCCUCCCCAAGUUGUGCAAAAUGGUCAAGGUGUGCAAUGCAAUCAAGUUCCUAUAGGUGAGCAAGAGAAUGAGGUUCCGGUGGUUCCCCCGGAUAUGACCAAUGAAGAGAUUAGGUCGGCUUUCUUAAUCUUGGCCCGAGCCAUGGCGGCUCAAGCGACUAGAGAUAUGGGGCCUAGGGUGAAUGCUAAUGAGGGUACUAUGGCUUCUAAGUUGAGAGACUUUGUGAGGAUGAAUCCUCCGGUGUUUCUAGGUUCUAAGGUGGGAGAGGAUCCCCAAGAAUUUUUGGAUGAAGUGUAUAAGGUAGUGAGUGCUAUGGGGGUGACUUCAAGAGAAAAGGCGGAGCUUGCCUCCUAUCAAUUGAAAGAUGUUGCCCAAAUUUGGUUCACUCAAUGGAAGGCUAAUAGGCCGGUGGGAGCGGAUCCUAUAGAAUGGGAGGAGUUUAAGGAAGCUUUCCUUGGUAGGUACUUUCCCCGUGAGAUGAGGGAGUGUAAGGUUGAGGAGUUUAUCAAUCUUCGGCAAGGUAAUAUGAGUGUGCAAGAGUAUUCCUUGAGGUUUACCCAAUUGUCUAAGUAUGCCCCAUCUUUGGUGUCAAACCCUAGGGAUGAGAUGAGUAGGUUUGUGACCGGCGUAUCCGACCUAGUCAAGGAAGAGUGCCAUACGGCAAUGCUCCAUAAUGACAUGAACAUUUCUAGGCUCAUAGUGUAUGCUCAAUCCAUUGAGGAGUCCAAACUUAAGAGGAUGAAUAGGAAUGUGAAGAGGGGUAGAUCCGAUGAGCAAAGUCAACCUAGGUUCAAGAAGAGGGCUCAAGAUCAAGAUUUUUCAAGUGCUCCUAAGGUUAACCAAGAUAAAGGUGGUGGAUCUCAAUUUUCUAAACCUACUUGCACCACUUGUGGCAAGAGGCACUAUGGGAAGUGCCUAGCCGGUACUAAUGGAUGCUAUGGUUGUGGGAAGAAUGAUCACAAGGUGAAAGAUUGUCCUACUUUUACGGCUAGAGGAAGGGAGGCAAAGCAAGCUUCUAAAGAUGGAACGGUUCCUAUUCCUCCAAAUUAUGGUCGUUUCUAUGCUCUCCAAGCUAGCAAGGACAAGGAAGCUAAUCCGAAUGAAGGCGCCGGUUCCGGCAAGUGAUCCCUCCUAGCUAGUUUGAAGUGUUGGAUUGCUUUCCUCCAAGACUUGGUAUGUCCUCAUGGAUUCGAGGAUAAGACUUUUAAGUCCUUUUGUUCAUGUAAUAGACUUAAUAGACUUCUUUUGAUUGUAAAGGGCCGUGUCCCUACUUAUGUUUUGUGAUUGUGUCUAAGAUGGCCAUGUGAGACUUAGA